AACUCAAAAUACACAUACCGAAAAUCAAAAUACGAAAAUGAGGUUUUGGGUAGUGGCUUUGUUUUGUGUCUUGUCCCUAAAAUGUGGUUUGGCACAAGAUGUUGGUUCCCUUAUUAGUAAAAACUUGUAUGAGAGAAUAUUUCUGCAUCGCAAUGAUGCAGCUUGUCCUGCCAAAGGCUUCUAUACUUACGAAGCUUUUAUAACAGCUACUAGAUCCUUUGGUGGCUUUGGUAAUGGUGACACCAAUACUCGUAAGAAGGAAAUUGCCGCCUUUUUGGCUCAAACUUCACAUGAAACUACCGGUGGGUGGGCAACAGCACCAGAUGGACCAUAUUCAUGGGGAUAUUGCUUCAAGCAGGAACAAGGAAGCCCUGGAGAUUACUGCGUUGCAAAUCAGCAGUGGCCGUGUGCUCCUGGCAAAAAAUACUUUGGUCGAGGUCCGAUCCAAAUAUCCUACAACUAUAACUAUGGACCAGCAGGGAGAGCAAUAGGAAGCGAUCUACUAAACAACCCAGAUUUAGUAGCAAAUGAUGCAGUAAUAUCAUUCAAAACAGCCUUGUGGUUCUGGAUGACACCUCAGCAGCCAAAGCCAUCGGCACACGAUGUCAUCACCGGAAGAUGGACUCCCUCUUCUGCUGAUUCUGCAGCUCGCCGCGUCCCUGGCUAUGGUGUGAUCACUAACAUCAUCAAUGGUGGAAUUGAAUGUAACAAAGGUUCAAAUCCACAGAUGCAGAGCAGAAUUGGGUUCUACAGGAGAUAUUGUCAGAUUUUAGGGGUAGAUCCUGGAAAUAAUUUGGACUGUGCUAACCAAAAGCCCUUUGGACAGUAGGGACCUUAAUCAAUCAGUAUAAUAAGUUGCUACUAUCUAAUUAAGUACCUUUAUGUAAUACUUGACACAUUAAAUAAAGGUUUGGUUCAUCUAAAA